AUGAGUGACCGUCGGUAUCAAGUUCACUUCCUCUUCCCCAACGCCACCGUCUCGGCCUUGGGAGGCAAUACCUCAGCAGAUCAGAAGGCUCGGGACGCUGCGAAAAGCGAGGCUCGAUCUCAUGCUGCUCGUAUUUCCCACUCAUCUAAAGAUUCUAGGCCCCUUGUUCGCAGAGUCCGGCCUCCUAAGCCAUUGAGAGGUGGAUCUGGGGUUGGGGGCGUCGUCGCUAGCUCUACCUCAUCAGAGUCCUCCGAAACCCAUGACACUGAAUCCAGUCCUGGAUCAUCAUCGGUGGGAAAGAUCGAGAUCGGGCUCGAAAACACCGACAGACGUGCCUCUCCCUCCACAUUACCUCUUCUAAAGUUCAGGUUGAACAUCAGCACGGGCAGAAACCAGCAUCCGCUCUUGCCUCCAGAUCCUGAGCAAGGCGACGAUGACAAUGAGGACAUUGAGGACGCAAAGAGGAGGACUAGAGCGGCUUCGGUUCCCAUUAAACUGCCCAAGGACAUCAGCAAAAGCUCUCUAGAUCCCUUUGCGCGUGCAGCACUCGAGCUCUCUGUCCCAGAUCAGCAUCUGCUGCAUUUGUACUUGACCACGGUUCCAGACCAGAUAUAUGGGUCGACCACGGGCAUCGUGGCGAGCACUGCCCGACAUAGCACUGUCGAGGUGGUGGCCACGAACGAAAUAGUGGUCUUGUGGCUGCUGCUCGUCAUCGAGUCCCAGAUCGUGAGCUUCCAGCCGACGAAGAAAGACAGGCAGCUGUCGAUUCUGACGCGGAGGUCCUUGGUGUACAGGUUGAUGCAUGCUCGACUGACCAAACAGGAGAGCUCGCUCAUGGACGACUACGUCCUGGCAGUCGCCAUAGCAGGGGGCUGUGAGCAUCGAAUGGGAAACGCCAAAAGCGCACAGUAUCACGUCAGGGCAGCAAGAAAACUCCUAAACCUGAGAGGUGGCGUACAGUCUGUCCGACGCAUCACCUAUCCGUUGGGACUGAUGGUUGUCAACGUCUUUGUAGAGAAUGGCGUCGACGGGCUUUGGAAGACUCACUCUGACCUCCAAAAGCAGCUGACCAGGAUAUCGCAGUGGCUACGAGAUGUCCAGCUUUGGAACUUCAAUCUUAGAUCCAACUCGUCAAACCCCUUCCGUCAAGCGCACAAUCAACACUUGAAGUCGGACUUUGAUCCUGAUGCGGAUGAGAACGAGGCCUCAAGCACCGACGCCUUGAGCCGGCGUGCUCGUGCCUUCGCCCCCAAGACCGCCUUGUUCGACUACGUCGAUCUGCCAGCAGGCGAACUGGACGAUGCACCGUGCAGGUUCUACCUGGGCGCUCUCUUCGCCAUCAACACCGCGCUCUGGGCGUUCCAAGACAGCGAUCGAACCACCAUCGCCUACCUGGACGGCUUGACCACCGCCGUGGAGAUGAGUGCGCCAUCCAAUCUCGCCCUUCGCGCCGGUGGCGCCAAGCUCCCGUCCCUGCUCUUGAUCCUGAUGAUCGCGCACAAUGCUGCUGCCGCCGCUGACGUAGUCGGAGGUUGGCCUGAAGAAGCCGCGGGCGCGCACACGGUCUUCCACGUCGAAGAGGUCUUCGAAUUCGUCGAGAUGAUGAUGAUGGCGGGCGCCACGUCCAGGACGGGCAUGCUGAAAGCCCUGUCGUCGUGGUUGACCACCGGCAUCGCCAACUCUAGCGACCUCGCCUUCGUGAACAAUUCAAAGCUUGACAUCUGGGCCGGGGAGGUGGAGGACAGGUGGCUUUCGAAUACGCCCAAUUCGACAGCGACGAAGCGUGCAAAUGGUCGUUGA